AUGGAAGCAAGGUAUGAAUUUUUCCAAAUGAGAUAUGAUGCUAGAGACAAACGAGGCUUCACAGGGUUUCAAAAAUGUGUUGCUACAAUUAAACUUAUGGCAAUGGGGGAGUCGCCCGAUUCUGUUGACGAUUAUAUGAGAAUGUCUGAGAGGACCGCACGAGAAAGUUUGUAUUUAUUGGAAAGAGGUGUUGUCGAAACCUUCGGUGACCAAUACUUGCGCAAACCUUCGUUUCAUGAUAUGCAACAACUAUAUGCGGCGCAUGAAGAAAGACAUGGUUUUCCGGGUAUGCUUGGGAGCAUUGACUGCACACACUGGAAAUUGAGAAAUUGCCCCGUGGCAUGGAAAGGUCAGUAUUCGCGCCGUCAUCAUGGAACGCCUUCGUUGGUAUUAGAGGCUGUUGCUUCACAAGAUUUAUGGAUUUGGCAUGCUUUUUACGGGGUUGUUGGUUCUAACAAAGACGUCAACGCGAUCAAUCACCAAUAUUUGACGAUCUUUUGUCAGGAAAAGCCCCGGAUGCUCCUUUCACAAUGA